CAGCCCUCCAGCCUUCACCACACUCGUGCCUCUGUGUGGCCACACAGACACACAGAGACUGAUCCAAAGGCACAGACAAUCAGGAAGAAGUUUCCUUUUUCAUGCUUUUUUUUGUUUGUUUCAUGCAGAGGAGGAAUCUGUGGCAUAAAUUAACCGCAGGACAACUAGCAGGGGACAUGGCUGGUUUUCUGCAAAGUUCCCAACUUUGCAGAAAGGUGGAAUUUCUUAGGUGCUUACUCUUGACUCUGUGUCUCAGCUCAUGCCCUGUUUCAGUGCUUUCAGAGCCGUUUGAUACCAGUCACCUCCAUUACCACAAGUCUGGACCCAAUGAAGACGACAUCAUCAUCGCUAACAAUGGGAUCAGGGUGCCUUUUGGGAGGUCAGUGUUUUUGGACCCUGUGAAUGACCUGAUUACAGAAGUGCAGCCCGGUGACCGCUGCCACAUAACAGUUCUGGACAACGACCCGCUGACCCAGAAACCCGGGGUGUUGACCCCAAAAAGGUUUCCCUGUUCUUUUGGAGCCAACGAAGUGAAAUACACUCAUUUUGGAUCUAGGAGCCCCAGCAGGGAUCGUGUAAAACUGCAGCUUCGCUAUGAUUCCCACACAGACACAGUUAUCGUCCCAUUCAUGCUGGAGGUGGAGGUGGUUUUCCAGCAGCUCGAGAUCAUCCUCAGGAAUAUGCCCCUCAAUGUGGAGAAACUUAAUGGGGACAGCAGCCCAAUUGACAAAAAGGCUCUGGAGUUUUCCUUCGAGGACGGCGUCACGCAGUGUAAGACCGCCACGCUGGUCGGCGCUGGAGGUCUCCCCAGGUAUGGCACACUUUUGAACGGCCCUCCCAGUGGCCAACUGGUCGACUGCGAUAAGUUUGUAAAUAUGGGUAUUCGCUACAAACACACUGCUAAAACCAAGUCACCAAACAGAGACUAUAUUCCGAUGAUGGUAGAGCUGCAGGACACUGAGGGCAACACAAUAAUGCAGGAGCACUUCCAGACAAUGGUCAGAAUCAGAGAGGGGGCGGAGAACACUGCUCCCAAACCCAGCUUUGUAGCCAUGAUGAUGAUGGAGGUCGAUCAGUUUGUGAUGACGGCCAUUUCGAGCGACAUGCUGGCCGCUGAAGAUGUUGAAUCUGACCCGGACGAUUUGAUUUUCAACAUUACUUCGCCUCUGAGCCCUCAGCAGGGUUAUAUAAUCAGCACGGACGAUCAGAACCUCCCCAUCACCUCCUUCAACCAGAGGGACAUCAGAGAUUUGAAAAUAGCAUACAAGCCACCCUCGGAGGACUCGGACCAAGAGAGGAUUUUCCAGCUGGAGUUUGAAAUUGUUGAUUCUGACGGUGCUGUGUCUGAGCCAUUUGCUUUUAUGAUAGUGGUGAAACCUAUGAACACCUUAGCUCCGGUUGCAACCAAGAAUACCGGUCAGCUAUUGUUCGAAGGGCAAUCCCGAGCUCUGUCCAGCUCACAGAAUUUGGAAAUCAGCGACGAAGAUAACCUGGACGACGUAAGGAUCACUGUUGUGGAUGGUCUGAAACACGGAGACCUGACCGUGCUCGGGGCGCGGAGGAAAUUCUUCACGCCGUCCGAUUUAGACGCUGGCAUUGUGGUGUACCAGCAUGACGGCAGCGACACCUACAGCGAUAACAUUAUUUUAAGAAUGACCGAUGGAAGAAAUAAAGUGGAAUUUUUGUUUCCCAUCACUAUUGUUCCCACUGAUGACGAGCCGCCUAUAAUCAACGCCAACACUGGUCUGGUGCUGUUCAAGAAUGAAAUGAUGCAGAUCUCCCCCUUCAUCCUGAGUGCCACAGAUAUCGACUCGGAGGACUCGUUCAUAAGAUUCAUCCUUGAAGCGCCGUUCUCCACCAUGGGGGAGCUCCUGCUCAGGCAAGUUGAGCCACCCACUGACCCUUCGCAGUGGAAGUUCAGCGAGACGGAUGAGAUGUUUGAGCAGGUGGUCACUGAGUGGUCUCAGAAGGACAUUCUCGAUGGAAAGCUGUUUUAUCGUCACAUCGGGCCUCACAGCACCACCACAGCGACAGAUCACUUUGUGUUUCGUGUCCAGGAUGACAACGAUCCUCCUAAUCAGUCAGGCGAGCACAGGUUCACCGUUAAAAUCCUUCCCGUUGAUGACCUCCCCCCAGAGCUGUUCCCAGGCACAACGCUUCAUAUGACCGUCCAGGAAUAUGAGCUCACAUUUUUCCGAAAGAAAUUCUUGUGCUACACUGAUCUAGAUUCAGAAGACAGAGAUCUGAAAUACACAAUCACUAAAGUGCCUACUGAUACGGACGAGAACAAUCCAGCCGCCUUGGGGACGAUUGUACUCACUGACAGUCCUGACACUGUACUUACAGAGUUUACACAAGCCCAGGUUAAUCACCACAAAGUAGCUUACAAGCCUCCAGACCAGGAACUGGGGAUCACUCCAAAAGUAGCUCAGUUCACAUUCACUGUGGAAGACACAGCUGGUAACUCAGCAGAUGGAUUAUUUACAAUAUUUCUCCAGCCAGUUGACAAUAAACCCCCCGAAAUUAUCAACACAGGAUUUACUGUCAAGGAAACAAGCACUUUUAUAAUAACCAGUAAGGAGCUGUAUGCCACUGACACUGAUACAGACGAUGAAAAUAUCAUCUUCACUUUGACCCAGGCUCCUAAAUAUGGACAGCUGCAAUAUCUAGGUAUAUAUAUGUCCAACGGCGAGACGUUCAUUCUCGAAGAUAUCACAAAUGGUCGCUUGACUUACAUCCAUGGUGGAGAGGAAUCCCUCAGCGAUACAAUCGAAAUUGCAGUGAGUGAUGGUUUCCAUGAGGUGCCCAUUUCUCUCAGGGUCACCAUAGAGCCAGUCGACGACGAGACCCCGACCAUCAUGCUCCCGGCCGGCGUGUUGGGAGCUGCGAUCGACGUGUUGGAGAACGGUGCCACGGAGAUCACCAGCAACAUCAUUCAAGGACGCGAUAAAGACACGGAUGACCUCAUGCUUACUUUCAUCGUCGAGGAACCUCCAAGGCUGGGUGAAAUACUCGUCAACGGCGCUCCAGCUGAGAGGUUCACCCAGGAAGACGUCAUCAACGGACUGGUCGUGUAUACUCAUACUUCUGGUGAAAUCGGUCCAGUCAAAGUACACGACUCCUUCAACCUAACUCUGUCCGAUAUGUCUGAUCAGUGGGUUGUGGGUGGCAACAAAGUCCAGGGUGUGACUGUUCAUGUGACCAUCCUUCCAGUUGACAGCAUUCCACCUGUCGUCAGAGUUGGGGGGCAAUUUGUUGUGGUGGAAGGAGAGAAAAAUGUCAUUACCAUAAGUCACAUUCAAGCUGAGGAUGUUGACACCAACAAUGAUGACAUCCUAUGCACCAUUAUCGUCCAACCAAGAUCUGGUUACGUGGAAAACAUCUCCCCAGCCACGGGGUCUGAGAAAUCAAGAGCCGGUACUGCCAUCACGGCGUUUACCAUUAAAGACAUUGCGCUUGGUCACAUCUACUAUGUCCAGAGCAUCCACAAAGGAGUUGAACCUGUGGAGGAUCAGUUCACCUUCCGCUGCUCUGAUGGCAUCAACUUCUCCGAACGCCACUUCCUUAACAUUGUCGUUAUCCCAGCCAACGACGAGAAACCGGAGAUUUUCACACGAGAGUUUGUGGUAAUGGAAGGCAUGAACAUUGCUAUUGACACGCCGUUUCUGAACGCGGCCGACGCUGACAUCCCUGAGGACGAGCUGUUCUUUGAAAUAAUCAAAAACCCACAGCACGGUGCAAUAAUCCAGCAGCUAAGCACUGGCACCAUCCCUGUGGAAAGGUUCAGCUUAGAACAGAUCAAAGAAGCAGCCAACAUUGUCUAUGAACACGAUGACUCUGAGACCAAAGAAGACAGCUUUGAGGUCAGGCUGUCUGAUGGGAAACACGCCGUUGAGAAAACGGUUCUCAUCGUGGUCAUUCCUGUCGACGAUGAGACACCAAGAAUGGCUAUAAACGACGGCCUUGAUGUUGAGAUUGGGGAGACGAAGGUGAUCGGUAACAGGGCUUUGAAAGCGACAGACCUUGACUCUGAAGACAAAGAAUUGACGUACGUCGUGCGAUACGGUCCCGGGCAGGGCUACCUUCAGCGUAUAAGCAAAUUCGGUGACGUUUUGGGAAACGUAACCCUGGGGAUGAAUUUCACACAGGAUGAAAUAGACAAGCAGCUCAUUCAGUACGUACACACAGGCCAGGAGGGCAUCCGUGACCUGCUGAAGUUUGACGUCACAGAUGGCAUCAACCCGCUGAUUGAUCGCUACUUUUACAUCAACAUUGGCAGUAUUGACAUGGUUUUCCCAGAUGUAAUCAACAAAGGCGUGACACUGAAGGAAGGGGGGAAAGUAACUCUCACCACCGACCUCCUUAGCACAUCUGACAUCAACAGUCCUGAUGAGUAUCUCAGCUUUAGCAUUACAAGAGCGCCCAGUCGGGGGCAUUUAGAGUGCACUGACCUCCCAGGUGUUCCCAUAUCAACCUUCACCCAGCUGCAGCUGGCUGGCAAUAAGAUCUACUACAUCCACACCUCGGACGAUGAGGUCAAGAUGGACAGCUUCGAGUUUGAGGUGACAGAUGGUUACAAUCCCGUCUUCCGGACCUUCAGAGUGUCCAUCACUGACGUAGAUAACAAGAAACCUGUCGUCACUGUGCACAAGUUGGUUGUGGAGGAGGGAGAAACCAAGCUGAUUACGCCAUUUGAGCUAACGGCUGAGGAUCGCGACACGCCCGACAGCCUGCUGCGUUUCACAGUCACGCAGGUACCCGUGCACGGCCAGCUGCUUUUCAACAACACCCGGCCGAUUACGGCCUUCACCAAGCAGGACCUUAACGAGAACCUCAUUAGCUACAAGCACGAUGGCACAGAGACCAACGAGGACAGCUUUUCUUUCAUAGUCACCGACGGCACUCACACGGACUUUUAUGUUUUUCCUGACACCGUGUACGAGACACGCAGGCCUCAAACGAUGACCAUCCACAUCAACACAGUGGACAAUGGCGUUCCCCAGAUUGUGGUCAAUAAAGCUGCUGCUUCGCUGAAAGUCCUCCAAAUGGGACACCUGGGCUUCGUUUUCACCAGCAAGGUCCUGAGAUCGGAGGACAGAGACAGUCCCCAGAAGGUCCUGAAGUACACUGUGUCUGAGGCCCCGUUGCAUGGUUUCAUCAUGAAUAUGGAGCUGGGCAAUCAUAGCAUCAAGACCUUCACUCAAGCUGAAAUCAACGACAUGAAGAUCUGUUACGUGCUGUUAGAUGGGAGCAACGCCACCAGCGAUAUCUUCUAUUUCACCGUCGAGGACAACGGUGGAAACAAACUCAAGCCGCAGCCGUUCCGUCUUAACUGGGCCUGGAUCUCUCUGGAGCGGGAAUACUACUUAGUGGAUGAAGAUGCCAAAUUCCUGGAGGUGACGCUGAAACGCAGAGGCUACCUGGGUGAAACCUCUUUUGUCAGUAUCGGAACCAAGGAUGGCACCGCUGAGAAGGACAAGGACUUCCGUGGCAAAGCCCAGAAGCAGGUCCAGUUCAACCCCGGCCAGACGACAGCGACCUGGAGGGUGAAGAUCUUCACCGACAAGGAGUUUGAGACCUCCGAGAACUUUGAGAUUCAGCUGUCCGACCCGGUCAUGGCGGUGCUGGAGUACCCUGAUACUGCAACAGUGGAGAUUAUAGAUCCUGGAGAUGAAUCGAAGGUGUUUAUUCCACAAGCUGAAUUCAAGAUAGAGGAGGAUAUCGGGGAGCUGCUGGUGCCGGUCAGGCGUUCAGGAGAUGCCAGCCAGGAACUCAUGGUGGUUUGUUUCACCCAGCAAGGCACGGCCACCGGCACCAUACCAGCCGCUGUCCUCUCCUACUCUGACUACAUCACCCGUCCUGAGGACCACACCAGCGUGCUGCGCUUCGACAAGGACGAGAGAGAAAAGGUGUGCCGCAUCAUCGUUAUCGACGACUCCCUGUACGAGGAAGAGGAGAGCUUCAACGUCAGCCUCAGUAUGCCGAUGGGCGGCCAGCUGGGAACAAGUUUCCCAUCCGCUAAAGUCACAAUUUUAGCCGACAUCGAUGAUGAGCCUUCGGUGUACUUUGAAGAGCCUGAAUAUGUAGCGGAGGAGAGCUCAGGCUACGUGGAGGUGAAGGUCUGGAGGACAGGCACCGACCUGUCCAAGACCGCCUCGGUCACCGUUCGCUCCAGGAAGAGCGAUCCUGUCUCUGCAGAAGCUGGACUCGACUAUGUCGGCAUUAGUCGCAACCUGGACUUUGCGCCCGGAGUGACCAUGCAGACAUUUAGGGUGACCAUCUUGGACGACCUGGGUCAGCCUAGACUGGAGGGGCCCGAGACCUUUGACCUCGUGCUGAGGAUGCCCAUGAACGCCGUUUUAGGAGAACCGAGCAAGACGACCAUCACCAUCAACGACACGGUCACUGACUUGCCAAAGGUUCAGUUUAAGGAGGGCAGCUACAAGGUGGAUGAAUCUGACGGCGAAGUGACAGCCACGGUGUAUCGCAGUGGAGACAUCAGCCUCAGAUCCACAGUGCGCUGCUACACCCGGCAGGGCUCUGCUCAGGUCAUGAUGGACUACAGCGAGAGGCCGAACACCGACGCCUCCAUCAUCACCUUUCUGCCAGGUGAGUCGGAGAAGCCGUGUGUGGUCGGCCUGAUGGAAGACGCCGUCCACGAGGAAGAUGAGGAGUUUCGCUUGGUGCUGGGGAGUCCGAAGAGCGUGUCCCCGUAUGGCGCCUCCAUCGGGGAGCAGAAGGACGCGCUGGUCACCAUCACGGAUGAGAAAGACAAGCCCAUCAUUCGUUUCUCUGAGAUCAAAUACAGCGUGCGUGAACCUCAGGUCAAAGGUGAGGUGGCCAGAGUGAAGAUUCCCAUCCUGCGAUUUGGAGACACGUCAAAACUGUCCGUGGUGAGGGUGCACACGAAGGACGGCUCUGCAACCUCCGGAGAGGAUUACAACCCGCUGUCCGAGGACGUGGACUUCAAGGAAGGCGACAAGGAACGUUUUGUUGAAAUCGAGAUCCUGUACGACGGUCAGCGGGAGAUGAGAGAGGCCUUCACGGUGCACAUGAAGCCUGACGACAACAUGGUGGCUGAGGUACAGAUGAACAAGGCCAUCGUGUACAUCGAGGAGAUGGACAGCGUUGCAGACGUCACGUUCCCCGCCGUGCCUCAUGUGGUGUCCCUCCUCAUGUAUGAUGACACGGCCAGAACCAGAGACAGGCCCAGCCCGCCCAACGGGUACCCUGUGGUGUGCGUGACGGCCUGCAACCCAAAGUACCACGACUUUGACAAAACAGGCUCCAUCUGCUCCGCGGAGAGCAUCAACGACACUCUGACCCAGUACCGCUGGCUGAUCAGCGCUCCCACCGGACCGGACGGCGUGACCAGCCCCAUGAGGGAGGUGGACACCAACACCUUCUUCACCAACACCAAGUCCAUCACCUUGGAUUCGAUCUACUUUCAAGCUGGUUCCAGAGUUCAGUGUGCGGCAAGAGCCUUCAACGCCAACGGAGACGCCGGCUUAGAGCUGUCCAGCCCCAUCGUUGUGAUCAGCACAGAGGAGGGAAUGUGUCAGCCCCGUGUCCUGGGAACUGUUGGAGCAGAACCGUUCUCUGCCAAGAUCCGCUACACGGGUCCAGACGAUCCGGACUUCCCAAACCUCAUCAAACUGACCGUCAACAUGCCUCACAUGGACGGAAUGCUGCCGGUGAUCUCCACCAGACCGCUGUCCAACUUUGAGCUCACCCUGAGCCCGGAUGGCACACGCGUGGGGAACCACCGCUGCUCCAACCUGCUGGACUUCAACGAGAUCCAAACGGGUUACGGCUUCAUCACAGACGCCACCAAGAACCCUGAAAUCAUCGGGGAGACCUCGCCGUACCAGUACAGCGCCGCCAUGCGUUCGGCCAAUUCGCUGCGCUUCUACAGGAACCUCAACCUGGAGGCCUGCCUCUGGGAGUUCACCAGCUACUACGACAUGUCCGAGCUGCUGAACGACUGCGGGGGAUCCAUCGGCACCGAUGGACAGGUGUUGAACCUGGUCCAGUCCUACGUCACGCUGCGCGUCCCUCUCUUCGUGUCCUACGUCUUCCACUCCCCCGUUGCCGUCGGAGGCUGGCAGCACUUUGACCUGCAGUCGGAGCUCAAGCUCACCUUCGUGUACGACACGGCCAUCCUGUGGCAGGACGGCGUCGGCAGCCCGCCUGAAGCCGAACUCCAAGGAGCCAUGUACCCCACCAGCAUGCGCAUAAACGACGAGGGACGCCUGGUGGUCAACUUCAAGACCGAGGCUCGCUUCAGGGGACAGUUUGUCAUGUCUCAUCCAGGAACCAGUGUGACAUCCAUGGUGAUGUGCGCCGACAUUCCCGGACUGACCUUCACCCUGGCUUUGGUCAGGACUGAACCCACGUACAACCAGCCCAUGCAGCAGUGGAGUUUCGUCUCAGAUUUUGCCGUGCGGGACUACUCUGGGACCUACACGGUGAAGCUGGCUCCCUGCAUAGCGUCACCCAACGGAGAGUUCAGCAUCCCUCCCGUCUGCCACCCGAGGGAGCCGCUCACCUUUGACAUGGACAUCCGCUUCCAGCAGGUGAGCGACCCGGUGGCGGCUGAGUUCAGUCUAAACACUCAGAUGUUCCUGCUGUCUAAGAAAGAGCUCUGGUUGUCUGACGGCUCCAUGGGCUUUGGAGAAGGAACCGAUGCUGCUUUUUCAGAAGGCUCUACGAUCUACGGCCGCGUUAUGGUAGACCCCGUCCAGAACCUGGGCGACUCCUUCUCCUGCAGCAUUGAGAAGGUUUUCCUCUGCACCGGAGCGGAUGGAUACGUCCCCAAGUACAACCCUACAAACAGGGAGUAUGGCUGCCUGGCAGAUGCUCCGUCUCUGCUCUACAGAUUCAAGAUUCUGGACAAAGCCCAGCCAGAGACUCAAGCUUCGGCGUUUGGGGACGUUGCUUUCAAGGCCAAACUGGCCCAGGACGCCCCUGGAGCACAAACGUUGGUCAGGCAGCCCGGUUCAGAUGGCUUCCUGCUGUCUUCUUCGCCGCUUUUCCAGGUGGCUGCUGGUCGUGAAUGGUUCAUCCACACCAUCUACACCCUCCGCUCCAGAGAGAACGCCAACCGGCACAUCGGCAAGCGCAGCGUCGAGCGCCUCCAGCACAGCGUCUCUUCGCUCGAGCGGCCUCCUCCUCCUCCUCCUCCUCCUCCUCCUGCUGCUGCCUCGGACGCGGCCGGCCGGCGGCGCCGGGCCGCCCCGCUGCUCUCCGGUCCCGCUCUGGCCCAGGACAUCGGCAUCCAAAACAACCGGGGCACCAACAUCCAGCACAUCGCCCUGGACCGCUCCGACCGCAUGGUGGUGAGCCAGCGCCAACCCUGGUCGCCCCACGGUGACCCCGUGCUGGGACGCCCCCUGCUGGAGAGCUCUGGGAAAGAGCCGACCGACACCUCCUUCCUGCCCACCUUGGUGGGAAUCGCAGGCCUGGUCCUGCUCGCCUGCCUCGUCGCCGUCGUCGUCGUCCUGCUGCUGAGGCGCAGGAGGAGGGAAAAGGAGGCUCAGUUCCCUCCGUACGCCACUUCCUCCUCGUCCGCCUACUCAGGCUACAGCCACGGCCCCGCAGGCGUGUGGGGCAGUUCAGACAGCUCUGAAGUCUAAAGGGGGACGCUGAUGUCUCCUCACCACCCGCCUUCCUCUUGAAAAGACUGCAGCAGUCUUCCUCACCACUGUGCCUUUGAUCGUAGCGCUGAAUAAAGCCAAGAGCGACUUGUGGACAGGAAAGGCUGUCGGUGCUCAGGGCCCACAUGCAGAGAAUGUACCGGUGUUGUGCGCAAUUCUGUUCCCCCGUGAAAAUCUGUUCCCCCUGUCUCAGGA